GUCGAGCUGUCAUUUACAGAAACGUCACACGUGUAAAUGUCCUUGACAAUUUAACACAGUGUCCAAAUGAUAUUAUUUACGUGUGAAUAUUGUGUAGAUCUUCUAACCUGUUCUCUUUUAAUAAAAGUGCUUAAAAUUUAACUAUUUGUACCUGCUAGGCCGGAGCAUAUUUCAGAUUUAUACAUUAUUUGUUCUCAUUAUUUACACUGUGCACACGAUAAUCACAAAAUAGCCCAAAAACUCUGUUCAUUAUGGAAGACAACAAUUUAAGUUUGCAACACUUCUCUCAGAACAUCCAACAAUCAAUACGAAACAUAUGCGAAAAAGAAAGAUUUAUUGAGCCAAAGUUAUUUAUCAGAAAUGUUACUGGUGAUAAUAAUUUUAUGGGUGAGUUGUAUGAAAUUGAUAUAGAAGGCACGACAUCUGACGGUCCUAAAACUAAAAAUAUUUUUAUAAAGAGAAUUGUAGAUAUAGAAGGUUUCAAAGUAUAUUCUAUACCUGAAGUGUUUGCUAAAGAAGAAUUCGUAUACAAUGAGUUAUUGAAGGCAUACAAUGAGUUGGAAGACGAAGCGAAUAUUCCAGACGAAGAAAGAUUGAAUACCGUUAUGAGUUUUGAUGAAACAAGUUCAGAGGCGAUUGUAUUAGAGAAUAUAAAGAAAAAUGGAUAUUUACAGACGCAUAAAUUUGAUGCUAUGACUUUAGAAAUUGCAGAAAAAUCUAUUGAGCAGCUUGCAAAGUUUCAUGGACUUUCAUUCGUUUUGGAACACAAAAGGCCAACAUACUUCCAAAAGAGGAUCAAAACAAUCAAACAGUCAUUCGUUUACGAUACGUACUGGGAUGAAUUGGCUGAGAAAUUCACAAAUAUAUCUAUCGCUGAACUUGACGAUGAUAUGAAGGAUAGAGUAAAUAAGUUUUUACCAAUUUCCUUGGUGAAAUACCCAAAGUAUAUGACAGGCGCAACAAAUAUGAUCAAAUGUCUAUGCCACGGAGAUUAUAAAAUGAACAAUAUUAUGUACAAAAAAAAGGAUGAAAGUCUGCAUGUGAUACCAAUUGACUUCCAGCAGAUAUACUUCGGAAAUCCAAUAAUUGAUUUAAUCUACUUCAUCUAUGCGAGCAGCGAACGCGAAUUCAGAAAAACCUAUCGCAACCAUCUCAAAGAUUACUACUACGACUCAAUAGACAUGUUCUUGAAGCAUUUUAAAAUGGACUUUAAGUGUAUUUACCCUAAGGAUGAAUUUGACAAAUGUUUUAAUGAAUGUUUAGAUUACGCUCUCAUGUUUUGCUUGUAUAUGUACCCUUUUUUAUUUUCUGCUGAAGACUCAGAGAAGACUGACGAUAUAAACUGUAAUUUUAGAGUUGAUGUUAGACUUAAAGAUAGGAUAAAGGGAGUACUUGAAGAUUUCAUUGACUUAGGUAUUAUUUAAAGAUAAGAUACUGUUCGAUGAAGUUAUCUAACAAUAUGAAAAAAUAUAAGUAAGCCAUUAUGUUAUAAGAUUAGCCUUUCUAGAGUUUUCGGGAGUGUCAAGCAUUUAAAAUAGUUACUUUUGUACGCAACUUAUUUUUUUCUUGUUAUACAGUAUUACUUCAGCGGGUUUUCUUUUAAAUAAAUAUUUAUGGUUAUAAUUA